AUGACGCCCGAUUCCACUCGUCCUCGGGACCCGUCUGCCGAGUUUUCAGUUGAUUUAGAUCUUCUUGCAGGCUUAUGGCAAGAAGCGUCUUUCCCCCGUCUGCCGCCUGACGCACCGCCUGAGCUUAAAGCUUGUGUACAGAAUGUUGGAAAUCCAGCGCGUGUUUAUGCAAUACAUCAAGCAAGUCGCCGGCAUGGGUUUCAACUUUUGGUAGAGAGAUAUAUCCUCCAACUUCGAUCCGGCUGCGAAAAUGUCAAUUGUGCCACGCCAUCAUGCUUCACAUUCAGACGCCGCUUGGCAGGCAAGGCCCCUAUCCGAAGAUAUAACACGACGAGCGCUAGGACCUUAGCAGUCUAUUUGGCAAGCCAGGACAAUCCAGAAAAAGGACUAUGUCCGUUUCUUCGCAAAUCUCAAGAUCCGCCAGCAGCUCUUGGUAAUUUAAUUUUCUCCACGCGACAGCCUUCACCAUCGCAUCCCGAUUCUAAGAGGCCUACCGUUGCCACAUCACCUGCCAUGCACAAGGAACGCCUUUCAAGACCACGGUCGUCCUCCUCAUCGUCCCAAGAUGUAGUAUCUCCCACUACUGGCCAUACGGCUUCUCUGAUCCAUGCUGGCAACAAACACACAACAAAGAGUUUGCAUUAUUCCGAUAGCGGUGAUUCAAGUACCCAGAUGCGGGUCGUCGAAAGUUCCACGAGCAAAGACCAUCGCUCGUUCGCCGCCAAUCUCUUCGGGACCGUGACUUUCAAAAUGCUUGAAUGGCUGACACCCAAGAGUGUGGCGGCAAUGUCGGAAAAGAUCAGUGACCUUGAGGUGGCUCGUUUAAGCACAUCCGCCGUGGAGUCUAAAGCUUCACAGAAGCCCACGUUGACUGAUACCUCCACGGGCUCAAACAUUGAUGACGCCUCCCCUUCCGAAUCGAAUGCGACUCGUUCGACCAAUUCAAAUUACCAGCCACAUAAGCCCGAGCUGAAUGAUCAUUAUUGCAAGGCAAAACCCUCAGGGGCAAGGAAUGGUCCGUCACCUAAACCCCGGAACAGUGCCAUGCCCAAAGCAAGGAAGGGUUCUGCAGAGCCACAGAAUAUCGCCAAAAGCGAAGAAGGAAAUAAAGCUGUUAAAGUUUCCCAAGUGCACAACUCCUUGCGCGAUAAAUCUUUACGACCAAAGAGCAGUAAGAAUUCGCCCGGUCGAGGCAUACCAGAAGUGCCUCUAAAACCAGGUUUCUUCGAAAAUGUCACGAAAACGCCAGCACAGCUUAGGCAGUCGAUAAGCCCACUCCCCGUCUCACCUGGCGAACUAUCGAGUGAAGGCGAGAGGGAUAAUCAUUUGGGCAACGGUCAUAUCAAGAAUGAUCGCGCCUUACAAGAGACAAGGUCGUCCGAGGCGCAGGCUGACGAAGUUUCCAGUCUGGACAGUAUCUUACCUCAAGCUCUCCUGCGGCUCGACGUCAAUCUGAUUGAUUUCAUAUGCGAUGUAUAUGAGGAAGACGGUACCUCCGAAGCCGUUUUCCAUUCCACCUAUGAAAAGAACAAUCCAUACCCCAAACCUUCUGGUAAACGAAAGCCGCUUUGUCGUCGGUCAAUGUUACGUACAGCUAGAUCUCGAAAGCAAUGGCUUCGUUUCAAUGAGCAAACACUCUUCAACGUCCUUGCCGAUCCACUGGCUGUUGUGCAAUCUUUUACCCACGAGCAGGAACUGUAUGAUUCUCAAACUCUGUGGUACUGCUUCCAUCGCUUAAGUCGUGUCGCUUCUAGCCUGGUCUUCCACAGUUUGUGGUUGGCGGCAGGCCGUCUGUUUGUUCCUCCACCGGACCUUAAGUCAAAUAUCUCUUCCCAGGGAGAUAGCGGAUCUAAGCCUCAAAAGCACACCAAAUCCCUUUCCGAUCGUGAUGCGGGCUUUCUGGUGUCUAUCUGCAUGCAUGCUUUGGUUGCUGCUGCGCCAGCUGUCCCUGAUUCACGGACGCUAUAUGAAAUGUCUCGUGUUCGUUCUAAUGGACUAACACUUGCCGGGGGCAGCACAAUAGCCCGGCAAUCUUCGUCCCGCUGUCUUGACUACGACGAUGCUUUCUCAAACGACUUGACUAUCAGGCUGGCACGGAGGCUAUUCUGUGCUGUCACAACUAGACGCCUUUUUGCCAACCAUGCACAAUCUCGCGAUUGUUUAGACGACUUAACAAAUAUUCAGAAUGACGUUCUUCAACCUUUAGUGGACCAACUUGAUUUCCUCAGCACGGGUUCAGCAUCGAUCCUCGACUUUCCACAUCCUGAACGUCUCCUACACGAAACCCGUGUCCCGACUGUCCUCCUAGAUUGGGCGCGGGCGGUUCUCUUAAAUGAAUGGGAUGGUAGGGCAGAUUUUGCGAUGGACGGACCUUUCGGUGGUGCUUUAUCGUUUAUCGAGACCUUGCAUGCCAAUAGAAACCUUUUACUGCUAGGAGACAUCCAAUUUCGGGUUGACUAUCUAUCAGAACGACUUGAUUCUAUCGAGAUGCCUGUGGACUGGCUGACAUUCAGUUCAACGCGCUGGCGACGACACAUCCUGGAUUACCCUUAUAUCUUUAGUCCAGAUACACUUGUUUCAUUCUUCCGUUCGAUCAACUUCGCUCGAAUGAGUCGCAUGUUUGAAGAGUCGAGCUCGCUCAAAACUCGAAUGAGCGCCAUUGUCGACCCUGGAAGCCUUAUCACUAAUCCACAUCAUAAAAUGGUCCUGCAGGAUCUUCUAAGGACUGCUUCUUCCAAAUACCUCGUGCUCGAGAUUGGCAGACAAAACGUUGCUCGAGAUGCCUUUGACCAGCUCUGGAGACGUGAAAAGCGAGAGCUACUCCGCCCACUGAAGGUACAUCUCGGAGAGAAUGCUGGCGAAGAAGGCUUUGACUCUGGAGGUGUCCAACAAGAGUUCUUUCGGUUGGCUAUCGCUGAGUGUCUAGACCCUGGGUAUGGAGCAUUUACCGUUGAUGAAAGAACACGCAUGGCCUGGUUCACCCCAGGGUCGCUAACCGAAUAUUGGAAAUAUGAACUGGUUGGGCUUUUGGUGUCGCUCGCCCUGUACAACGGCUUGACACUGCCAAUUACUUUCCCGAAGGCUCUCUAUCGAAAAUUGCUAGGCAAGCCUGUUGAAGAGCUUCAUCAUAUCGCCGAUGGAUGGCCAGAACUAGCAAGCGGUCUGACGAAACUACUGGAAUGGGACGAAAAGGAUGGCUUAGUCGAGGACAUUUUUACUCGAACUUACGAAUUCUCGGUCUUUUCCCUUGGUACCAUGGUCACGCGUGAGAUGGGAAUGGCCGAAAAGACGACUUGGCCAAACUCAGCCUCGAACUCGAACGACCUCGCGCCGCCUCAAAUGAACAACCCAGAUGAUGCCCCUCUGGUAACCAACGACAACCGGGAUGACUAUAUCAUUGACUACAUUCGUUAUCUCACAGAUGUUUCUAUUCGCCGGCAGUAUCUUGCCUUUGAGCGUGGGUUCAAUUCUUGUCUGUCUAAGAAGUCUCUCUCACUUCUGAGUCCUUCCACCCUACAGUCACUUGUUGAAGGAGUGCAGGAAAUUGAUGUUUCUGAACUAAAACGAUACACCCGCUAUGUGGGCUGGGACACUUCACACCGCACAAUCAAGGACUUUUGGUCCAUUGUAAAGAGAUAUGAUGAGAGGAUGAAGCAAAGACUACUCGAGUUUGUGACAUCAUCUGACCGCGUCCCAGUAGGUGGCAUGAAGAACCUACAGUUUGUCAUACAGAAGAACGGAGAGGAGGAUGGAACCGGUGGGCAUUUGCCCACAGCAUACACGUGCUACGGCACACUGCUUUUGCCAGAAUAUAGAGAUAAAGAGGUGUUGAGGGAACGACUUGGAAUGGCAUUAGAAAAUGCGCAGGGGUUUGGCUUUGCUUGA